AGGAGAACUUCUGUAUCGGCAAACGACGGAAAAUGGCAUCAUAUCUGUGUUACAUGGGAGAAUACCGCUGGAUAUUGGAGGCUGUAUAAAGACGGUAAAGUCGAAGCCAGUGGUAAAGGGUUGGAAACAGGUGACUUAGUAACAUAAAAGGACCUACACCCGAUUAAUUAUCCCUCUAUAUCAUUUCUAUAAUCAUCAUUACUAGUUUGAAAAAUUCAUUUUGUUAAAGAAUGAUGAUAAAUGAGAAAAGACUGAUCGAAGUCGUAAUUCGGAUUUGAUUCAUAAUUCAGUUUAUUAAUUUUCAGUCAGCUUUAGCCUAUAGUUAUAAUUCUAAAUUUCAAAUAUUAACAUGAUACUGACAAGUAUAACUAAGGCUGCGUUUUUUUAACUUUGAUGUCCGAUUUAGACCACUUGCCGUACAGGUAAUUAGUUCAAAUGCCAAUUUUCACCUGAGCGAGUUUAUCCUUUUGCUGUGUGAAACAUUUCUGAUUGCUUGUCUCAGUUUGAAAGGCCUAGGAUAACAAUAUUCAUGCAACAAUUUCUUGUAGCAUACCGUGAAGGGAAGGAUGAUAACGAUUUCAAGGUAUCUCUCAAUUCUCCGGUAAUUUUCAUAGGUAAAAUGAUUCGUCCCGGAGGAGCAUUGGUGCUAGGUCAAGAGCAAGACUCAGUUGGAGGACGUUUUGAUGCCAGAAAGUCUUUCAUUGGAGAGCUAACAGAUGUUAAUAUCUGGGAUCGCGUCAUAAAAGAGCAAGAAAUCAAGCGCAUGUCCAAGUCAUGUCUAACCGGAGUGGGGAACUUGUUCCAGUGGCCCGACUUUAAGGCUCACAUUAAAGGCUCAGUGAAGAUAAUAGAGCCUUCUUGUUAG